AUGACGCUGACGGCUCCUGGGCUCCUGGUUGACCGAGCACCUUCCCUGUAUGCCCCGCUGCUGGCAGCCCUGCAGCGCCGUGCAUGGCUGCACGGCACCGGGAGGCUGGAGAAGGGAGUCUGCAGCGGCAACGGCCUGUAUUAUGAAUCUGUGACAGGGCUGGCCGAGGGACACGCCGCUGCCGCCAACCAGCCGCCGCCGCACACCGCCGUGGUGCUUCAUGGGCUGCUGGGCAGCGGCAGGAACCUGCGUGGCAUGGUUGCGGCGCUGUGCAAGCAGGCGGCAGAGCAAACAGGCGCCACCUGGCGCGGCCUGCUGGUUGACCUGCGCAACCACGGCAAGUCCGCACAGCUGGCCAGCCUGCCGCCGCCCCACGACCUGCGCUGCGCAGCCCACGACGUGGUGAGGCUGGUGCAGCAGCAGCUGGGCGGCCGUGCGCCAGAGGCACUGAUCGGUCACAGCAUGGGCGGCAAGACGGCGCUGGAGGUGGUGCGCCAGCUGGCGCUGCCCGGGGCGCCGGUGGGGCAGCCCAAGCAGGUAUGGGUGUUGGAUGCACGUCCCAACUCGCUGCACGGGGCGCCCGACGCCGCCACCCGCGAGGUGCAGCACGUGCUGUCCACGGUGCAGAGCAUACAGCUGCCUCUGGCCUCGCGAGACGCGCUGCACCAGCAGCUGAAGGAGCGUGGCCUCUCUACAGGGCUGCAGCAGUGGCUAGGCAGCAGCCUGGUGCCGGAUGGGCAUGGCCGCUUCGUGUGGACCUUCAACGUGGAGGGGGCUGCGGCGAUGUUUGACGACUACCUGACGCAAGACUAUUCCGCCCUGCUCAAGUCGCCGCCGCGAGGCGUGACGCUGCACAUCCUGCGGGCGAUGCGCAGCGACCGGUGGGACCGAGAGACGCUGGCGGUGGUGCAGGGGGCGGUGGCGGCCACCGCGCAGCCGGCGGCGGUGCGGGGGCAGACGCGGUACCACGAGCUGCCGGAUGCGGGCCACUGGGUGCAUGCCGACAACCCCAAGGGCCUCAUCAAGCUGCUGCUGCCAUCGCUAAUCGAGGCGGCGAAGCAGUAG